ACUUAUACUACCCCCACCACCUCAGGAGAUAUCACCACUUCCAAAGUUGUUGUGGUACUCCCGGCAUUAUCAACUACCACCAGCACUGGAGCUACACCAACAACUUACACUACCAAUACCAACAUUGGCACAGCUAUCACAUCUGAAGUUGUAGUUGUGGUCGAAUCUUCGACAGAUGGAGCGGUAUCUAGUGAACUGAUUUCUAGUGAAGUAUCAUCCAGUGAGCCAUCAUCUAGUGAAGUAUCGUCCAGUGAACUGAUUUCUAGUGAAGUAUCAUCCAGUGAGCCAUCAUCUAGUGAAGUAUCAUCCAGUGAAGUAUCAUCCAGUGAAGUAUCAUCCAGUGAAGUAUCAUCCAGUGAACUGAUUUCUAGUGAAGUAUUAUCCAGUGAGCCAUCAUCUAGUGAGGUAUCAUCGAGUGAAGUAUCAUCUAGUGAGCCAUCAUCUGGUGAAGUAUCAUCCAGUGAAGUAUCAUCCAGUGAACUGAUUUCUAGUGAAGUAUCAUCCAGUGAGCCAUCAUCUAGUGAAGUAUCGUCCAGUGAGCCAUCAUCUAGUGAGGUAUCAUCGAGUGAACUGAUUUCUAGUGAAGUAUCAUCCAGUGAGGCAUCAUCUAGUGAAGUAUCAUCCAGUGAGCCAUCAUCUAGUGAAGUAUCGUCCAGUGAACUGAUUUCUAGUGAAGUAUCAUCCAGUGUGGCAUCAUCUAGUGAAGCAUCAUCUAGUGCGGUAUCAUUUAGUGAUGUGUCAGACAGUGAUGUGUCAGACAGUGAUGUGUCAGACAGUGAUGUGUCAUCAAGUGAGAUAGUAUCUAGUGAACUGAGUUCUGGUGAAUCAUCUUCCAGAGAAGUAUCAUCUAGUGAAGUAUCGUCUGGUGCGCCGCCAAUAAGUGAACUGCCAAUUAGUGAACUGUCAUUUAGUGAACUGUCAUUUAGUGCGAUACCAUCAAGUGAGGUAUCUUCAAGCGAAGCCUCUUACAGGGAGGCAUCUUCUAGUGGGGUAUCGGCUAGUGAGGUAUCGGCUAGUGAGUUAUCUGCUAGUGAAUUGUCUUCCAGUGAGGUACCAUCCAGUGACGUAUCUUUUAGUGAAAUGUCUGUGUCUUCUAGUGAACCGAUUUCUAGUGAGGCAUCUUCUAGCAAAGUAACUUCAAGUGAUGUAUCAUCUAGUGGGGUAUCUUCUGACCUUGUUGUGGUGGUACCGCCUUUAUCGACAAUAAGCAUCACAGGGCUGGUAGAAUCAGCCAGUACUUACACCAGUGUGAUUUCAACAGGUAGUUUGACCACAUCCGAAGUAGUGAUCGCGGUACCUCCAUUAUCAACUACCACCAGCACUGGAGCUACACCAACAACUUACACUACCAAUACCAACAUUGGCACAGCUAUCACAUCUGAAGUUGUAGUUGUGGUCGAAUCUUCGACAGAUGGAGUGAUAUCUAGUAAUCUGAUUUCUGGUGAGGCAUCCUCCAGUGAAGUAUCAUCCCGUAAAAUUCCAUAUAGUGAGGCUUCUUCAAGUGAGGCUUCUUCAAGUGAGUUAUAUUCAAGUAAGGUAUAUUCAAGUGAGGUAUCAUCCAAAGAAGUGAUUUCUAGCGAAGCAUCUUCUAGUGAGACAUCUUUUAGUGAGACAUCGUCCAGUGAUAUAUUUUCUAGUGAGCUGAAUCUUAGUGCCGUAUCUUCAAGUGAAGUGUCUUCUAUUGGGGUAUCUUCUGGUGGAGUGUUUUCUAGUGAGCCAAUUAGCGAUGAAGCGUCUUCCAGGGAAACAUCCUCAAUUGCAAUAUCCGACCCUAGUGGUGUUUGGCUGUCUGAUGUGCCUUCUAAGGUAGUUUCAUCCACGAAGGAGGUUUUUGGUCUGUCUUCGGGUAUGAUCACUUCAACUACCAAUCUGUUCAGUCUAUCGACAUCAAUUGAAGAUAACUCAUCAGUUGAUUCCUUAUCGGGUUUAUCUUCGUCUGUUGAAGGUCCUUCUCGCCAAAAUCUGAUCUCAAAAGUUUUGACAGCGACUGAUUCCACACCAGGUAAUUCUGUCAUAUCAACCAGCAUUGGAGCAGUGGAAACAUUUUUUAGCGCUACAUUGUCGCCCGUUUUAUCAGAUCACCCCUCCUCCUUGACUUCCGAGGUAUUUUCACAAAGCACCAAUCCUGAGUCAAACUUGCACUCAAUAAUUGUUUCUCUGACUAAAAUCGAGAGUGUUUCAAAUGACCAACGCACUUCCACGAUGAUAUACCCCAGUUAUUUCCCAAGUUCAACGAUAUCAAAAUCAGCAUCUGACAACGGUGAUUCUGAAACGGUUUCGCCCAGUACCAGUUAUCCUAGUUCUCAAAGUUAUCCAUCUUCCAGCUUCGAUGUGAGGCAUUCUGAAUACUUAUCAGUAGAAUCGGAUUCAUCGAACACCAAGGGAUCUCAGGAAAACCCUACUACUCUUUUCAGCAGAUUGUCCACUGAUAUCGCAGUAGUCAUUCCUAUCACAACUAAAUGGCGGAACACUUCAAUUGUGGCUGACGCCGAUACUGAUCUUCCUUUAUUUACUUCCGUUCCAAUCACAUUGUUUACAGAAGCCUCAGAGGCUCAAAAAGAAUCCACUCAAUCUACUUGGCUAGCCACACCAGGAUUGGAAGAUGGAUCGUCUGAUUCUUAUUCAACAGGCAGUGUUCAGUAUAAUUCUUUCAGUAGCUCUCACUCAUUGAAUCCUUCGGUUUCAACUUAUGAGAUUCAGGAGGGUCGAAGUUCUGAAAUUCCCGUACCCCAUUGGGUGUUGUAUAUUUUCAGCUUUUUUAUCUUUGUGUGA